AUGGCAUGCCCGUUUCUUCCUGAAGAUAUCAUGGCAAACAUUCUCAAACGAAUCCCUAUCAAAUCCCUAAGCAGAUUCCGAUGUGUCUGUAAACAGUGGAAAAAUCUCUUCCAAACUCGAUCUUUCAUUGCAGACUACCUCCACCAUCCCGGUCAUGAUGAUACCCCUCCCCUUCUCUUACAAUCGAAUCACAGAACUGAUCCUUUGAAGCUACGUUUUGUCGAUGAGAAGAAGCGGGUCCGUGAAUUUCAGAACCCACCUUCGAUCGAUUCGUUGCAAUGUGCUAACCUAAUCGGCUCUAGUAAUGGCUUGGUUUGUGUUGAAUUCGAUGAAUCUGGUACGUCUCCUUUUUCCCUUUUGUUGUGGAAUCCAACUACUACAAAGGUGAGAAAGAUACCUAGAGCUAUAAAUGAUUUUAAGGGGAAUUGCAUUUUAGGAUUUGGGUACUGUCAAAUUAUUAAUGAUCAUAAGAUUGUGAGAGUUUAUGAGUUUGAUCUCAAGGUUAAUGGAGUGGAAGUGUAUUCCUUAAGUACUAAUUCAUGGAAGGAAAUAAAAUAUAAGAACUUGAAGGGCAAAAGACUUUUUCAUGACACUGUCACGGUUAAUGGCACUAUGUUUUGGCAUGGGUCAGAAAAUUCCAUAGUGUCAUUUGACAUAGAAACAGAAGAGUUUAGAUUGAUACCAAUGCCUGUGAUAUACCCUCAAGCACUUACUGUGCUUACAGUUUAUGAGAACAAACUUGCUAUGUUUUCUAUCACUGCCACUUUAUUGCGGAUGGAGCCUCUAUUGUGGGUGAUGGAGGGCACAGGUGCAUCUGAGGAGGGAUCGAGUUGGACUAGGAAAUAUUGGAUCCAUCCAUACUCAUGUGCAGAGAACGUCUGGGGAGAUGACAUUAUCUACAACUUCAAUAUUGAAAUUAUGCCUAGACUCCAAAGGCUUCUUAGACUUGAACUCAUCAAUGAAACUCAACAUGGAAUGGGGGAUGGUGGAUUAUUAGAGAUUAUGUUGAUGUCCACUGUAAGAAAUAAUGAAAUUGCUACCUGCAAAUGUGGCCGUGGUCGUCAUAUUUUCAAUCAUGUGGAAAGUCUUGCACCAGUUGACAGCACCCACGUUGAAAAACCAACGUCCUAAAUCUAGUUAUUGCAUUGUAUAUACUUUGUUUUAGCACUUGUUAAUUUAGAUCAUUAUGUAUGUGCAAGGCUUGAUGACAAUAUUGCUAAAGAAGCAGGAGUAGGGGGUCAUUCUCAGGAACUCUGUCAUGGAUUUGUGUAAUUGCUUCUCUCAAUCAAUUUCUCUCUUCUUUA